AUGUUCCACCAUGUCCGUUUUCUUCGUCUAGCUUCUCCCACUCCCACUCGCCUACAUCCCCUCGCCGCUUUCCAUUCCACCGGUGCUCCCCCGCCACCGCAAUGGCCGCCCACCGCCGACAUCCUCCCUAUCUGCACCGCCGCGCAGUCCCUUUCCUCCACCCGGCAAGCCCACGCCCUCGCCGUCAUCCAUGGCCACCUUCCUUCCAGCGUCUCAAUCUCCGCCGCCCUCAUCCUCUCUUACGCCGCCCACCACUCUCCUCCCUCCAUCCUCCAAUCCCUCUUCACUCAGACAGCAUCAUUCUCCCGCUCCCCUUUCCUCCACAACACCUUCAUCCGCGCGUGUACCGUACUGUCGACUGGCCCGCACAAGAAACGCGUCGUUGAUCUCGGAUUUUGGCUGUAUAAUGAUUUGUUGAGGGCUGCUCCUUUCGGGCCUGACGAUUACACCUUUCCUUUCGUUUUCAAGCUCUGUGCGGAUUUCUUGCAUUUGUUAAAAGGUUUGGAGGUGCACGGGAGGUUGAUUAAGGCUGGUUUUGAUGACGAUGUGUUUGUGAACAACACUCUCAUUCUGUUCUAUGGCAGCUGCGGUGAUCUACGUAGCGUAGGGAAGGUGUUUGAUGAAAUGCCGAAGAGAGAUUUGAUCUCUUGGAAUACAGGUAUUCGGAUUUUUGCGGACAACGAGCGGCUUUUGGAUUGCGUUGGUUUGUUUAAGAAUAUGAUUGCAAAGUCGGGUUUCGUGCCUAAUGUGAUCAGUGUUGUGAGUGUUCUGCCAGUCUGUGCUAGUCUCGAGAACGAGAGGUUGGUUAGUUUGAUUCACUCUUACGUAUUCAAGGUUGGUUUGGAUGGCGAAAUAAGGAUUGGAAACGCAUUGGUUGAUGCGUAUGGAAAGUGUGGGAAUACCGGGGCUUUGGAAGGAGUCUUCGAUGACAUGGUCGAAAGAAAUGAGGUUUCUUGGAAUUCAAUAAUUGGUGGCUUUUCACGUACGGGGUUGAACAGCAAUGCGUUGAAUUGUUUUAGAGCAAUGAUACGCGAGCAUGUGGAAAUAAACACCGUUACUAUUGCCACCAUUUUACCGACAUUGAUAGAACUAAAUUUACUCGACAAGGGUAAAGAGAUCCACGGUUUCACUGUAAAAAUUGGCAUGGAUUCUGAUGCUUUCGUUGCCAAUGCAUUAGUUGAUAUGUACGGAAAAUCGAGACGUUUCUCCGAAGCUUCGUCCGUAUUUUAUAACAUUGGUGCCAAGAACAUUGUUUCAUGGAAUACAAUGAUUGGUAACUUUGCUCAAAAUGGACUCGAAUUUGAAGCAUUGGAGCUCGUUAGAGAGAUGCAAACUCGUGGCGAAAUUCCUAAUUCCGUCACUCUGAGUAAUAUUCUUCCUGCUUGUGCUAGAAUAGGCUCUCUUCGUCACGGUAAGGAAAUACAUGCAAGAUCCAUCCGGGUGGGGUCCGCCUUCGAUUUGUUCGUCUCGAAUGCUUUGACAGACAUGUACGCGAAAUGUAGCUGUCUGAAUCUUGCUCGAACUAUAUUCGACACUUCACCCAGAGAUGAAAUAUCCUACAAUACACUCAUAAUGGGAUAUUCACAAACAAACGAGUCCUCCAACUCGAUCAGCUUGUUCACAGAAAUGGAAAUGCUGGGCCUGAAUCUUGACACAGUUUCUUACAUGGGAGUUUUGUCUGCAUGCACAAACAUGUCUGCAGUUAAGGAAGGAAAACAGAUCCAUGCUUUCGCAACGAGAAGAUUGUUCCACGAGCAUCUUUUUAUUGCAAACUCGUUUCUCGACUUCUACACUAAAUGUGGACAAAUCGAAAUCGCAAAGAAAUUGUUCGAUCGAAUUCCCAAGAGGGAUACUGCCUCGUGGAAUACUAUGAUUCUAGGGUUUGGAAUGCUCGGAGAAUUUCAAAGUUCUGUCGAUCUCUUCGAAGCAAUGAAAGAAGAUGGUGUGGAAUACGACUCGGUCUCUUACAUAGCGGUUCUUUCUGCAUGUAGCCAUGGCGGGCUAGUCGAGAGGGGGAAAUCGUACUUUAACGAUAUGUUGGCCCGGAAGAAUCUAGAACCUUCCGAAACGCAUUAUGCUUGCAUGGUGGAUCUUCUUGGUCGUUGUGGACUUAUGGAAGAGGCGGUGAAGCUCAUUAAUGGCAUGCCGAUGAAACCAGGUGCGAAUACUUGGGGGGCUUUGCUUGGGGCGAGUAGGGUUCAUGGGAAUGUGGAGUUGGGGUUUUGGGCGGGUGAGAAUCUUCUAGAAGCGAAGCCCGAUAAUCCUGGGUACUAUGUUGUACUGUCGAAUAUGUACGCUGAAGCGGGGAGGUGGGAAGAUGCGGAUAGGGUUAGGAAAACGAUGAGUACGAGGAGAGUGAAGAAGAAUCCCGGGUGCAGUUGGGUUCAGGUUCAAGAUCAAAUGCAGGGUUUUAUUUCUGGAGAAAGAUUUGAUCCUUAUUUGUCGGGUACUGUUUCUACUUGA